CCGCAAUUCUUUCUCUCCUUUCUCCUUUAACCCUUCUUUUAAACAUAGCCGGUGGCAUCUAAUUUUGACCAAAACGUAGGACAACCCCAUAUCAAAAUCAAAAUCAAAAUCAAAAAUGAAAAAAGAGAAAAAAAGUCCAGCAUAACAAAACACUCUCUCCUCUUCUUUUUUAUCGUUAACAAAAGAAACGUUACUCAUUUCUUCUUUUUCUGUGUAUGUGUUUUAAUGGUCCCCUGAACAACCAUGGCAGGAGUAGAUCUCAUGCUCAGCUCCUCCUCCACCAGAACCACCACCACCACUUCUUCUCCCUCCAACUUCUCUCUUUCUCUCUCUUCCUCUUCUUAUCGAAUGGAGGAAGCCAUAGCAAAUGAAACUGCUGCUGGCCUUCAAAGUGUUCAUAAUUUCCUCCAACUUCUCUCUCUUCAAAAACAACCCCAAUUCCCUCCUGCGCCGAACACGGAGAUUGAUUUGAACUGCCAAGCGGUGGCGGACGACGCCGUUUUGAGGUUUAAGAAGGUUAUUUCGCUCUUGGGUCGGGCCAGGACGGGUCAUGCUAGGUUCCGUCGGGGUCCCAUAGUCGUUGAUCAGAAGCCGCACCAGAACGGUGUCGUUUUAUGCCCUAAGCCACUUCAGCAAGUGCCGCCGCCGAUGAUGAAGUUGAACGGGUUUGAUUACGCUACGGGAACGCCGACGGCUAAGAUUAAUUAUUCGUACUCGUCUCCCGUUAUCUCCGUGGGUAACUCCGUUAAGUCAACGUUGACCGGUGACAUGGAUUCUAUUUCUAACAAGCAUGAUAUUUCGAUGAGUCGUGCAGGGACUCCUAGUGGUGCUAUUAAUACUACUACCAGCACAACGACGUCGUUUCAGAUGACGAAUUACUCCGGGAUGGCUUCGUCGGUGGGAAGACCGCCCCUCUCUCAUACGUCGUCGUUUAAAAUUAGGAAGUGUUAUUCCGCAAAUGGCAAGUGUGGUGGGCCCUCUGGUCGUUGUCACUGUUCUAAGAAGAGGAAAACAAGGCUAAAGAGGAUAGUGAGAGUGCCGGCUAUAAGCGCGAAGAUGGCCGACAUACCACCCGAUGAUUACUCAUGGAGAAAGUACGGUCAAAAGCCAAUCAAGGGUUCUCCACAUCCAAGAGGAUACUACAAGUGUAGUACAGUGAGAGGGUGCCCGGCAAGGAAACAUGUAGAGAGGGCUUUAGAUGAUCCAAAUAUGCUGGUGGUCACCUACGAAGGGGAGCACAACCAUUCCCUCUCCGUCGUCGAAGCCUCCACCCUCAUCCUCGAGUCUUCUUAAUUAGUAUUAAUUUGAUCAAAGUUAAUUAAUUAGUUUAAUUAGUUGAUUGUUAUGGAGCACAAAUUGAGAAAGAGAAAGAAAGUUUUUAAGCCAAGUAAAGAUGAUCGAUAGUUUACAAUUAUUAUCUCGAAGGAGGUUUUAAUUAGUGGGGUUAGGUUAGUUAAUUUAGCAUUAGUGGUUAAGUAUGUAAUAUUUUACUUAAUUGAUUGAUUAAAUUACUUUCUUUUUUGUUGUAUACAUAUGCAUGCAUGAGAAACUUCAAAUAUAAAUAUCAAAUAUACAUAGAAAAAACAUUAUGAUGGA